CCAAAAAGUUUGUAUAUUCCAAAUUUAUCCGCAAUACAGUUAUUAAUUGUUUUGUUCUGUAAUAUUGUGAAAUAAUUUGUGUUUAUUGUUCUAAACGCAAAUUUUCAAUAACAACUUAUUUUGUAUAACAAAAAUGGAAGAACAACCAGAAAAAAAAGAAACCAAACUUACAGCUGCUCAAUUAUCUCGUAUAGAAAGAAAUAGAAUCAAAGCAGAAAGUUUGCGUAAAGGAAAGAUAGUAAGCAAUCCAUAUUCCAUCAAUAAAAAUGACUUAAAUGCUCCUGGAUGUAAAGUUUUCAAAGGUCAGAGCACAAGGUUAAUCGAUAGUGGUGGCGGUUUUCUCAUAGAAGCCCCAUUAUUAGCUAACCAAGCUGCUUCAAGCAAUACACCAGCAGUUAAGCCAUAUGUAGAACCUCCAGUUACUUUCCCUCUCACAUAUACCGAUUGCCUAGAAUGUGGGGACAAAUUUAAUGGUUCUUAUCUUCUCGAUAAUUUUGACCAUGCUGUGUGCGAUAAAUGUCGAGAACCAGAGGAAAAGCAUGCACUCAUUACUAAAACCGAAGCAAAGGCUGAGUAUUUGCUAAAAGAUUGCGAUUUUGAUAGACGAGAACCUGUUUUAAAGUUUAUUAGUAAGAAAAAUGCGCGCUAUACCAAAUGGGGUGAAAUGAAGCUUUAUCUUUUGUUACAGGUUCAAAAAAGAGCUCUUGAAGUGUGGGGCAGCGAAGAUGAGGUGGUCAAACAACAAGAAGAACGUGAUGAAAAACGUUUGGUUACCAAAGUCAAGAGAUACAACAAACAAAUGAAGCAGCUACGAAUGGAAGUCAGGAGUAGUCUGUACACAAAGAAACUUAAAGCCGCACAUGUCCAUGAAUUUGGUCCUGAAAAUUACAACGAAGAAGAGGAUACUUAUUCUCAUUCGUGUGUGAGUUGUGAGUACUCAGAGUCCUAUGAGAAAAUGUAAAUGAAUCAAUUAAAA